CAGCUGUUUUGAAGAGAGAGAGGGAACGGAGAAAGCGGGUGAGGGAGGAGAGAGGGGAAAAAGACAGCCAACUCAUCUGACACUGACAGUGGGCCAAAGAAAGGGAAGAAGAGGAAGCAAAAGCACGGUAAAAGGAGUGGAAGAGAGAGGAGAGAACUACGGAGAAAACUGAGCAGGCUAAGGGGAGAGACAGAAGGGGAGAGAGAGAGGAGGGUGGAGAGAAACUUAACCCAGAAAAGAAGAGCAAGUUAAAACAGUGAGGCCACCAGCAGCAGUGAACGAGUGAGAGUGGACAGGAUGUCGACUCUCCCUCCUGAGGUUGCCACUGAAGAUGCCACCAAACAGAGCUUCUGGAUGCCUGGGAACUACCAGCACACGGUGAAGCGCACGGAGGAUGCCUUCCAGGCGUGUAAUGACAUCGUGGUGUGCUUCCAGGAGAGAGCCCGUGUGGAGAGGCAGUAUGCUCAGCAGCUCAGCGAGUGGAGCAACAAGUGGAAGCCCCUGGUGGACUCCAGCCCGCUAUAUGGAUCCCUCCUGCAGGCGUGGCAGUGUUUCCUCUCCUCUGCCGACCGUCUCGCCGCCCUGCACUCGUCUGUGUGUCGCUCCCUGGUUUCGGAGGACGGGGACCGGGUCAGGACCUGGCAGAAAGAGACCUUCCAUAAGAAGCUCUUUGGAGGCUUCAAGGAGUCCCAGGACUUUGGGACUGGCUUCGCACGUGCUCAGAAGCCCUGGGCCAAACGACUGAAGAAGCUGGACAAAGCCAGGAGUGCGUUCCAUAAAGUGCAGCGUAAGGAGCAGACUGCCAGGGACCGGGAGGUCCACGCCAAGGGCAACCCUGACGUGGCCAUCGAGAAACAGAGGAAGAUUCAGGAGGAAAGAGAGCUGGCUCAGCAGGAGACGGAGAAAGUGCGAGCCCGCUAUGAGAAGGUUCUGGAGGAGGUGACCCGCUAUGCCCCUCGCUACAUGGAGGAGAUGGAGUGUAUUUUUGACCAAUCACAGGAGGAGGAGAGGAAGAGGAUCAGCUUCCUCAAACAGGCCUUCCUGUCCGUCCACAGACACCUGGACGUCACCAACAACGAGAGUGUGAAGGCUGUGUAUAAUGAGCUCCACAACACUCUCAUGGCCAUCAAUGAGCAGGACGACCUGCGCUGGUGGAAGAACACCCACGGACCGGGCAUGCCCACCGACUGGCCUCAGUUCGAGGAGUGGACGCCAGAAAAGAAAAGCAAAAAAGGGAAGAAAGAGAAAGAGGUAGAGUCACAGCAAGGCACCAUAGAGAGGAGUGUAAUGAUCGGAGGAGUAAAGGUCAGGGCUCUCUAUGACUACGACGGACAGGAGACAGAUGAGCUCUCCUUUAAAGCAGGUGAGGAGUUUCUGAAGACUGAGGAUGAGGAUGACCAGGGCUGGUGUAGAGGGAUGAAGGAUGGAGGGAGAGAGGGACUCUACCCAGCCAACUAUGUAGAAACGGUGUAGUUACACCACCAUGUUUGUAAAAAGAAAUAGAUAGAAUGAAAAUGAAAAUGAAAGUGACUCAUUUUGAUAAGAAACAUUGUGUCUAAAAUGAUCCUCAGCUGAUGUGUACUGUGUAAUGUUCCUUAAUGAAUCCAGGCUGCAUCACAUCCGGCCGUGAUUGGGAGUCCCACAGGCCGGCGCACAAUUGGCACAGCGUCGUCCAGGUUAGGGUUUGGCCGUCAUUGUAAAUAAGAAUUUGUUCUUAACUGACUUGCCUAGUUUAAAUAAAGGUAAAAUAAUUUAUGAAUAGGAAGGAAAGCUUUCAUCCAAAGAGAAUACACUAUGGGGAUAUGAUAGCUCUGAAGGAACUUUUGGCAUACCUACACGGCAUCAAAUAUCCUGUUUUUUUUCUUCUUUAAAAUAUGUUGGAAAAUGUUUAAUAUAUUUACCUGAGACACCUAUAUGAAAGCUAUAUGAUGUAUGAUGCCUUUUUGUACAAUUUGAGAGAUGCGAUGCUGAUUCUAUAGGUACGUACAUGUAUUGUACAUGUCACCACUUGAUGCUGAAGCCAUACUCUAUGUUUGAUGUUCUUAUAGAGCUAAACUCUCCUGUUCGCUUUAGUGAAGCAUAUAUUUAUGUAGAAAUAAGUGCUUAUCACAGUGCUUAGACAGGCUUUAAUCAGUGAUUAUUAUGAACGGAGUGAAACUUUCACAAUUCAUCAAUACCUUUAGCCUUAUCAGUAAUAGUAUGAGCAGUAAUGUCUCCUGUAGCCUGUGUGUGUUAUAAGAGUACGAUGUGACAGGAUUGGGAUCUCCUUUCAGAGGGACUGUAAUAGAUCUCCUCUCAUCGCCUUCUUGAUGGCAACUACCCUUAAUAGAAACUUUGCCAAAGUGAAGGAUAGGAUGCCAUUUCUGGGCCUGUCCACGUUCUGGUUUUUCUUUUCCAUUUCUAAAUGUGUGUAUAUGAGAGUGUGUACUAUACAUGCAUGUGUGUGUAUAUGAGAGUGUGUACUAUACAUGCAUGUGUGUGUAUAUGUGAGUGU